UGUUAAUUCAUAUGUCUAUAGCCUAUUGUAUUAAGCAGGUGGAAGGAAAUUCAAAUUAAACAAUUAUGGGAGGUCAUGGAGGUCUUAACAUCCUUCCUCAGAAGCGGUGGAAUGUAUACAAUUAUGAGAAUAGAGAAAAAGUUCGGCGAGAUGAAGAAGCCGUCGCUAUACAAGAGCAAUUAAACCGUGAACAGUCAAGAAAGCGCGACGCUGAGUUUCGCCUUGAGCGGCUUCGGACUGCUCGCAGUUUGCGUCCUGUAAAUAAAUCAGAAGCAAACCCAAGGACGGGGCGGGAGUCGGACUCAGAGCUUGCUCAAUCAGAAUCAAAGUCCAACCACAUUAAUCUCUUUGAAGGGAUAAAGAUUUUUGACCCAAUUAAGGGAUUGGAGAAAGAAGGGGAUGCUGAGAGAGACGGAUCUAGAAGGAAGAAGAUGAAGAAAGAGGAAGUGAGGAUUGUUACUGCGGAGGAGGAGAAGUAUAAGUUUGGUUAUGGGGUUGCCGGAAAAGGAGUUAAGUUGCCCUGGUACCUCGAGAAACAUAGUGAUGAUGUGAAUAAGGAGAAGGAUGAAGAUGAUGGGUCCAUGAGAGGGAAGAAGGAGGGUAAGAAGAGUGGCAAGAAGACAUUGCAAGAACUAAGAGAGGAAAGAUUGAAAAGGGAGAAGCAAGAGCAAGAGAGCGCACGGGCAUUGCUGGAGAAUAAGCUGGGAGAUAGAUCUGUUUUUAGGAUUCUCAGGAGGUGAAUUUUUUAUAUUAAUGGAUUUUGCCUCAUUUAAAUUUGGUCUUUCUUCAAAUUUAAAAAUUUGCUAGCAUAAAUUUUGGCCUCUUGGUCAGCAUAUUACUUUGAUUGUUUA